CCCAAAAUCGGUUGGUCUGAAAAGGGCCAAUAAGUAGGCCGUUUAAAAAAUCCAACAGAUUACAAAUGGCAGUUGAAAAGGGUCAUAAAGAGCCCAGAUUAAGCUCAUAAAUGGGCCACUAAUCAACACUGGUUCACAAAAUUUGGGUCACAAUCCAAGGAAUGACCCCAAAAUACCAGCCUCUUGCCAUGACCCCGUGGUCCAAUGUUAACAGCCUUUCCAAUCCUGCUAAGUGCUAAUGGCUUCUGUAGUGUUUUAGAUCCUAAUAGGGGUUAGCUAUGUUAUAGUAUCACGUUUACCUGCCUUUUUUUCUUUUGUCCUUUCUCAGAACUGAGUUUAAUGUUAUCGAAAUAUCUCUAGCCUAUUUUUUACGCGAACGAAAAAAAGGUUAAAAAAUGGAGUCGAUAGAUGAUGAUUUUGGUGAUUUGUACGCGGACGUUGAAGUCCAAGCUAGCUCAGCUAUCGGCACAUUGUACAUUGAACCAGAAGACAAUAGCCCUCGCAAUGGCUCCAAAAGCACCGAGGCGGAUGAGAAAUUCCUCCACGAUUCAGUUAUGGAAGAUAGUGACAGCGAGGACGAUUUGAACAUUGUGUUGAACGAUGAUGAUUGCGACAAGUUUCUGGUUACCGGUGCUAGGAGUCACGGUGGCGGCUAUGAGGAAGCUGAAGAUGGCGAUUUUCGUCUGAAGGGAGCCGGGUCGGAUAAGAUUUUAAGGCGGAUGGAACCGGCUGGUGAUGGGUCCGAGCUGAAUUCUAGUGGGAAUGGUGUAGAAAGAGGGACUGGAGCUAAACUUGGGCAUAAUUCGCACUUCAAGUGUGUGAAACCUCAUGGAUCAUCUAUCUCUUCUAUGUAUGGAAGAGGUAAUUGGGAAGAUGAUGUUUACAAACAAAAAAAGUUUGGAAGCUUGGUUCAGGUUGCUAAUAGACAUGCUUCCACGAAACCGUUACCACAUCAAUUUGGAUAUGGUUUUUCUCUUCCAUGGUAUAGGACAAUAUUGAAUGUGAAUAUUGAUGCAUUGGAGGAGAAACCUUGGAGGCAUCCAGGUGUAGAUACAACAGAUUUCUUCAAUUUUGGUUUCAAUGAGGACAGCUGGAAACGAUACUGUAACUCCCUAGAGAAAUUUUGGUUACAGUCAUCCUGGCAGGCUAGGGUUCCUUCUUAUUAUUCUUCAAAAUUUGACCAGGCUUAUGAAGCUGAGGCUGGGCAUGAGAUAGCAACCCAAGAUGCUAUAACUGAGGAUGUAGCUAAAGUUGAAUCAUCAUUAAAACGUGCUGAUAGAGGAGAGAGGCUCUUGGAAUUGCCAAAAGGAAGAGCAAUACAGGUUGAAGACAGCAUCAAUGAACGCCAACCAUCCAUGGAUCUAAGGCGUCCACAUUUUCAGGAUUCUGAUGUUAUUAUACAGAUAACUGUACAUGAUUCCACUGUGGAUUCAUCUGACUCUGCGAAGGAGGAAGUAGGUCAUGGUAGCAAGUCUGAAGUGUCAGAAUCUGGGAAGUUGGAUACGGAGGAUGAUGGAGACGUUUGCUUUUCUGUUAGUGCUAGCAGUGAUGAACUGUCUGGAGAGCAUUUGGGGAGGUCUUUGCGGCCGACGACUGCUUCUAAUCAAAAUUCACUAGAGACUGAUAAUCAUGAUAAGGACAACCUCUCUGAUGUGAAUUGGGGUUGCCAUCAAAAUAUGGAUGUUUGCAUUUCAGAAGGAAUUGCUGAAGCAGCAGAGACAAAAAAUCAGGAAAAUGAAGUGACUUGCAGAAAUAUUCACCGGUCAGAUCCUUUCAUUACUGAAACAGAACCAUCACACGACAAUCGGAGUCAUUUUAGCCCUACACUUUCCUUUUCUGAAAGCGAUCCUGAAGAUAGAUCUGAAGAUAGCGUCCAUGCUGUUUCCUUUGAAAUCCGAAGUCCAUUAAGAAGGCAGUCACUAGGUUAUGGCACUGAAUUACAGAAUUCAAUUGAUCAUAAGAGUUCCAGAAGUGAUGGCCGCAAAACAAAAUCAGAUGAUGGAGAAGAUUUUUCAGUACAUACAAGUCCCAUGAGAGACAAGCUAAAGCAUGAGAGUUGGAGACACCGACAUUAUGUGAAACAGAGGAUCUUGCUUGAAAGUGAUGAUGACACUUAUCAAGUAUCAGAUGCAGAGGGUGAUCUGAAAAGAUAUCAAAAACAUGGAAAUCCUGUUGAGGAAGAAUGGAAGCAUCACCGUGGUAGACCUCACGGUAUUACUGAUCGAAAGAUAUACCUUGAAAACUGCUAUGAAUCUUCCCCUUUAUCAAAUGCAUGGGAACUCUGUGAUAAAGAUUACUCAUCUGUUUAUUGUGGCAGAUGGAAAGAAAGACCGCAAGAUCUUGGUUAUCAUGAUAGAGAAGGUUCCUUGUACUACAAGGAGAAAGGACCUUGUGUUAAGGGCAGUAAAAGGUUUGAUGACGGCCACCUUCGGGCUGUCAACACAAAAGCUCAUCUGAGCUUCAAAGAAGAUUCAGAUCAGUUUGUUAGAAACAACUGGAACAGAAAGGAGUUUUAUGAUGAAAGACGAGCUGACAUUGAUAAAGAAGAUGACAUGGAUGGGUUUUGGUAUCAUGGACAAAGGCUUCAUGCUCAGCAGGGUUUGGUUCCUCGUACUUACAGGCAAUCUGGGAGGUUAGUCUCAAGGAAUUCCUCUGCUUCAACGGAAAGAGAUAUUCAAUGGAGAAGGGGAAAUGAUAGACUCCAACUUAGGAAGAAAACUGAUCCGGAUGAUUGUCCAUUAGAUUAUAAGCUUGAAGAUGAGUGGCUUAAACAAAAGUAUGGUACAUCUAUUUCAUUCACACGUUGUAAAAGGGGUAUGGUUGAACCAUAUGAGAGAUGCAUACAACCAAUCAGGAGAGAAUUCAAAGCUUCUGGCAAAAAAGGUAGAUAUGUUGGUGCUGCCUAUUUCCAUAGAUCAUGGCCAAUGGAAAGUGAAGAUGAGUAUCAGAGACACACAUAUGGUAGAUCUCUGGCCUUGGCAACUGACAGAGAACCAUCCAUACCUAAUGGAAGAAGGUGGUAUGAUACUGUAUCAUCAAGAAAUGAGGCAUAUGACUCCAAGAUAAUUGAGCGAUACCAUAGGCAUUGGAGAAUGGUAUGUCAUGAGGAAGACAGAGACAGUGGUUGGUUCGGUUCUUAUAAUUAUACUGAUGAAAAUGAUUUGCAAAAUGAUAAUCAAGUUCAGUCACGGAGAAGAGGCCUUAGCAUGCGAUCUAGAGUACUACACUGGAGGGAGGAUAAAUUACUUGUAAAUGAUAGAUUGUUUGCUCAAGGGGUCUCAUUUUCUUCUGAAAAAGGUUCUAAGCAUGAUUUAACUCAUGUUAGGCAUGGAUCACUCCAGGAUGAGAUGCUUACUAAUGACUUGAUGUUGGAGCAUAAUGGAUACAAAAUGGUAAGUGAAGGAAGUAAUGCCACCUGUCUUAGAAGAAAUUCUAUUAUUAGGUAUAGAGGUGAGCAUGAGCAGAAGGUCCUGAAGGACAGAGACUCAGUUGACGUGAUUGUUGGGGAAGGAAAGUCUUCUGGAAGACACUCAAAUGGUAGAAGCUUAAUUUGCAAUGCAAGGCUUGAAAAGAUGGGCUUGGAAUAUCCUGUGGAGCAGAAAUCUUUAAGGGAAUUUAAUGACUCCUGUGGCAGCAAAGCAGUUAAUACAGAAAUCCCAAAUACGGAUGGCAGAAGAAAUAAGGACAAACAGCUUGGUAAGUUUUCAGUUACAGAGUGUAACCAAGAUUUGGAUAUUGAGGAGGGCCAGGUUAUAUGCACAGAGCAAAGUCUUGAAGAUAUGAACCUGGAAAAGGAAAAUGCUUCUGAGACUAUGAUGGGCAAGGUGAAGAUGAGAACAUUGUGUGUUGACAAUGCUUCUGAUGAGAAUAGAGCUGUGGGUGAAUAUGACAACAAACGGGUACUAGAGACACUAGCAAAGAUGGAGAAACGAAGGGAACGAUUUAAGGAUCCCAUCACAAUAAAACGGGAACAGGACAAGACUUCUGAUCCCCAAGUUGAAUUGUUAAUUGAUACUAAGGAAAUAAAGCAACAAAGGCCUGCUCGAAAGAGGCAGUGGGGUGUAAGUUAGCUUUUGUAUGGUUUACUUCAUAUCUUCUUUUGGGAAAUGAGAUAUGGUCUCCUCAGGUUUUCUUUGGAAUGACAUGAAUGGAUUCCAAACAGGAUAAUUAUGAUGGAAAUUACCAUUCUAUAACCUGAAUGCAGAUUUCAUGUCAAGCAGGAUUCUCGUUUUCUCCUUUCCAAGGAAUGGAAUCAUUGAGUUUCUUCCAUAUACAACAAUGUUGACUGCAAAAUUAACCUUGGCAAAAUUUCAAAGUUUUGUAUUUGUUCCGGUUCUUUGUCUCGCCAACUGCAAAUGAUUAUUGAUGCUCAUGAUAGUACUAAUCUGAUACGCAUAAGCUGAUUCACUGCCGACAGUGUUGAGGAGUUAUUGUUUUCGUCAGCUAAAACAGCUUUGUUAUUUCCCUCCAUUCUAGAAGCUUUGGUGAAGCAUGGCAGCUAAGUUAGCUUUGAUUUGAUUAAUUCCUGUUCAACUAUUGGAAUCCAUACUUAUCCACAUAUAUCAGCUAUUUCAUCUGCAAUGUCUUUUAUUUCCUUCUUCUGUUAGGUAUUGUUCAUCUGUUUUUAUUAGAACUUCUAUUCUGUUAUUGCAAGCAGGAUUUUGUACAUGACAAUGUCAUGUUAUGAUGUUUAUGUGAGAUUGGAAUUUCAACCAUUUUAGCUAGGUAUAUGAUGCAAUUAAAGAAUUAGGGGGGAAGAUGGGAAACUUUUCAAU